CAGAGGCUGGAAGCCACCCUAGGGAGAGGGGGCAGGGCUGAGGCAGCAAGCCUGGCGGGAGCCUAGUGCUUCCUUUCGCGGAGAUGGUGGUUAGCAAGAUCGAUGGCAGCAGACGGGGCAGAGGUGGGAGGACAGAUGCCUCCACCUCCCCACACCCUUUCUCCAGUCACAGCAGGAGAGGGGACCACAGGUCUUGGGAAACCCCGGGGGAGGAAAUGCAUGUUGCCUGUUGCAAACCACUUAAUGAAAUGAAUGAAUGAAUGAAUGGAUUGUUUUGGGGUGGGGGAUGGCUCCCGCAUCCCCCCAUCCCCCACCCCAUCAGAGAGCAGGAGGGAAAAGAAGAUGCAGGAGCACAGCUGGGCCUGGGUCCCUAUCCCUAAGAAGGACCCUCCGCUUGGCCAGAAGCCAGUCCUGCAGAGGCAACAACAGGAGGUACAAAGGGAGCAGAGGCAGUCAAGUUUGGCCCCAGAGUUAGAAACCCAACCCCCAAGUCCCACACAGGACCCUAUCCAGCCUGGGGUACCCAGACCCAUCAACUCUCUUCACCUCUCAAGAUGCCCCAGUUGCCAUAGUAACCACCUCCUUCCUGAUGUCUCCUUGGCAACUGGCCAGGAGUGGUGCACAUUCCUUCUCCUGCCUCCUGGCUCCACCCUUAGCUCAGCCUCGUCCUGAGGACCCAGAUUGCUGGGGCAGUAGAGACCAGAAGAGGAACUUCUGCAUGGAGCAAGGAGCGCCCAGGGAGGAACCAAAGAGGACUCUGGGGCAGGCGCUCACCCACUGGGCUUCUGUGAUGGUUUGGGGAAGCAGGAUGUGUGGAAGCACAGGAGACAAAAGCAGGAUAAUUCAACUGCUCCACCUCUGAUGCAGUCUCCCAGCAGCCUAGUAGGAGCUCAUUCAUUCAUUCAUCCAUCCAUCCAUUCAUUCUAGAAAACUUCUUUGAAAAACUUUAUAAAUGCCAGGAUUAACAGUAGAGAUGAAUCCAAUAAAUUUACUCUCCAUCUGGUGGGGGAGCUGAGACAAAGCACAGGUGACUCUAAAAUAAUGUUUUCCCCAUCUGAUGCUUAUGAGUACCACCUUCAUGAUUUUUGCCCUGUCCAAAUGUUCCCCACACUGAUAUUUAUUUAACAUUUUUCCUUCAAAGAAUUAACUUUUAAAAAACUUUGUUAGCUUUAUUUUACCCUACCACCACAAAUGGAAAAUCAGGAAUUUUUGUUUUUUUGGUCUUACAUUGAAGGCAAGUAUUAAAAUGAUCUUAAACAGGUGACUUCACUUUUCUGAGCCUCAGUGUUCCUCUUUUGUGGAAUGAGAAUGAAGAUAGCGCCUAUAUCAGAGAGCUGCUGUGAAGAUAACUGUGUUAAUAUCUGUAAAGUGCUUAGAGGAGAGCCUGGCAUGGACUCAGUGCCAUCAAAUGCUGCUUAGAUAAAUAAAUAAAGGAGAAAAGCAAAUAACGUCAUAACAGUCUAUUUAGAUAUUGUUGCCUGCUGAAGGCCCUGAACCCAAGGCCUGUUUUAUCUUGGGAGAUUAACAAGGGUUGGAAAGUGUAGAGUCACAUCAGCUCCUAUUUAAGACUUGCUCUUUGAAGAUUGGACAGGGAACUGAGAAGGGUGAACUUACACACUGUGAGUCAGUGCUAAUCAGGGUCUUGCCUGGGUGCCACCUGCAUGAGUCAGUUUAAACUAGAGUAUGCUGUGGUAACAAAAAAAUCUCAGUGGCUUCUCACAAUGAAGGUAGAUUUCUCAUUUAGACUAUAUGGCCACCACAGGUCAACUGGGGGGUCUCUACUCACCAAAGAAAACUGGAGAAGCCACGAUCUUGAGCAUUCAUAUCACCAGGCCAAAGGCAAAAGAGAGCUCUUGCAUGGGCACUUAAAUGCUGCAGAGUUCAUUGGCCUGAAUUAGUCAUAUGUCCCCCUUCCCAACCUCAAGGUAGCCAGCCUUCCUGAGCCUGGAUAGGGGAAGAACAUUAAUGACAACAUCUGGCAUCUCCCUGGCACUCCUGAUACCCCACCCCCACCCCCACUCCCCUAGUGGUGCUUGUUUUGCAGAAUUGUGCUCUAAUCAAGACAGAGUGUACUAAAAGCUGUCAGAGGAAUUAGGGAAGCAUCAGGAUGGGUUUCUUGAAUGGGAAGGAUGUUCUGAGCUCUCCUGAAGGGGAAUAUAGUUUGAGACAGGGAGGUGGGAGCUGGGGAAAAGUAAAUCCACAGACACACAGACACACACACGUUUUAUCCACAUGUUAACAUUUAUGAAAUCAGAGUGAGUCUUCCAAUGGAUGAGUAUGUUUUAUGUGGUACAGCUACAUACAUAUGCAUGCAUAUACACACACACUGGGGAAGUUAUUACAAAGUCAAUUUUGAAUCUUUAAAUUGAUGUCUGAGAAAUAAGUAAUAUAGGAUAUAUAUAUAAUAUAGUAUGAUAUAAUAAUAUAAAAUUUUGGACAUCUCUGCUCUGCUGGAUUUGGUGUCAGGAGCAAGUGGAUGAGAGCAGUAGCCACAGUGCCUGCCUUUUGGAGCUCUCAGAUGGCUGAGAAGUCUCAGGGAGUGUUCGGGGAAGCCGAUACACUCAGCCGUCCACUCAGCAGCGGGGUAGGAGUCUCAGCGUCGUAUGCAAACGGGAGUAUAUAUGUGUAUUUCAGGAAAUGAGCCCAUGCUUGCAUUAGACCUCCGUGGGGGGCUAGGACCAGGACCGCCACGUAUGGUUAGAAACCACUGGACCAGUGGCCCCAUCAGGAUCCUCAAAAAUGUUAAGAAGCUCAUUGUUGAAAUCUUUUUCCCCCUCUCUUUCUUUCUCUGCCUUCUUGCCACAGUUCCUCAGGAACCUGACCCAUUUUACUACGACUAUGAUACCGUCCAGACCGUGGGCAUGACUCUGGCUACCAUAUUGUUCCUGCUGGGCAUCCUCAUCAUCGUCAGCAAGAAGAUGAAGUGCAGGAAGGCGGACUCCAGGUCUGAGAGCCCAACAUGCAAAUCCUGCUGGAGCCGCUGCACCUCCCCAGGCCUUGGCAAUUACGACCCCCCAAAGAGCCCGUCUGCAUCCCAGACCCAGGAACUCAGGCCUCCAGCUCCUGGGGUCCCGGGAGUCCACCCUCAGCCCCCCACAAUCCCUGUGUGCUACUCCCCGGCACCUCCCUGCUCCCCGCACCCUCAGCGUCUAUGUCUUGAGCUUAAUAAAUGUGCAUUUGGUUUUUCCCCCUGUUCUGUCUGUGUGUUCUCAUCUGUGGGGACCAAACUGGGGAAGGGACAAAGCUGAAGCUGGGGAGCUGUCUCCCCCAUCCCCAGAUUUUCCCCCUUCCUCUCCUUCCCCUCCCGCAGUGCCACAGUGGCCGCCUUCUCUCUCAGAGCCCCUCAAGCUUCCCUUCCUUCCCUCAGCGCCACCGCCCCAGCUGCCCCUUCCCUUCUCAUACCCAGACCCCAGAGUAGACCC